AUGCCACGGAUGAGGGAGGGCACAAUGCAUUCAGCUACGAAGGCAAAGAGUUCGCCAGUGGAGGCAUGGAGAUGGGCUCAGUUGGUGACUUCGCUGAGUACAUGCGGGACUAUGCCGCAAUCCGAGCCAGCCCCACGUGCACAGACUCGACAUGACAUGGAGGCUGUGCGUUGUUGUUCCUUGGCCUCAGAGAGCCCUGGAGGCCAGCGAUUGGCUGCCGCAAAACUCCCAAGCACAGUCGGAGCCAGAACCUCAGGAUGA